CCAAAAAGUUUUCUGUGGUCUGGACUUAGCGAAUGGGUGAAACGUAAAUGUAAAAACAACUUUUGUUAUAUAUUUAUUGAAAUUACGUAAGAUUCAUAUAAAACUUGGAAAAUGUCUCUCCUUUUAAAACGCACCUUGUGUGCAGGUGUCAAUAUUACGCGUGCUGUUGCUAGAAGUAAUCCAAUUAUUCAGCACGUAGCAAACAUGAGUGAUAAAGUUGUUCCUCAGGAGGAAACCAGACCUACUGUUGCUAAAAUUGACAUGUUACAAAAAUCACAACUGAUUGACUUCGGUAAAUAUGUAGCGGAAUGCUUGCCUAAGUUCGUACAGAAAGUUCAAAUUACGUCAGGCAACGAGCUGGAAGUGCUGGUGGCCACAGAAGGCAUCAUCCCGGUGCUUCAGUUUUUGAAGGAUCACCACAGCGGCCAGUUCGCCAGCCUCGUGGAUAUCGCCGGCAUGGACGUACCCAGUCGCCCCAACCGGUUCGAGAUCAUCUACAAUCUGCUAUCGCUGCGCUACAACGCUCGUGUGCGAGUGAAGACGUACACGGACGAGCUGACGCCGAUAGACUCGGCUUGUGAAGUGUUCAAAGCUGCCAAUUGGUAUGAAAGAGAGAUUUGGGAUAUGUAUGGUGUUUUCUUUGCAAACCACCCAGAUUUGAGAAGAAUAUUGACAGAUUAUGGAUUUGAAGGUCAUCCUUUUAGAAAAGACUUUCCCCUGAGUGGGUAUGUGGAGCUGAGAUAUGAUGAUGAACAAAAGCGUGUAGUAGUGGAGCCACUGGAACUUGCUCAAGAGUUCAGAAGAUUUGAACUGAGUGCUCCCUGGGAACAGUUCCCCAACUUCCGAGGCAACCCAGUUGAAGAUGUUGUUAAUCCUUCUGACCCUCAAUUAAAGAAGGAAUAAAAAUUGAUGAAUUUUAAAUCAAAUGUGUAUGUAGAUUAAUAAAAAAUUACAAAUUUGAGUGAGUAAAUAAAUUAGUUUAAUCCAUUAUGAAGAAAGGAAUAAAUUAAAAAUAGAGACAUGACAGCAAGUGUUGAGCUAAGAGUGGGAAGUGGUUACCUGUGUACCCACAAGUAUAUAGCUGUAUAUGAUGGCAUAUUAUAAAUACUUAAUUUA